UACGUACCGGCCGAGGUAUCACGUUCGCGUCGACGUUCAGCAACACGCGCUUGCACGAAUGCCCGUGUUUACGCGUACCCCGGCCAACACGGUGAGAACGUGACGCAGAAUUAUAUACGGCGGGUUGACCGGCGGCGCAGAGGAUAGUUCGCGCUGCGGAGCUUUUUCAGAAUUUUCCCGCGGAGCGCGUGCUAGGGUAACGCGAGGGCAUACGUUCGAGACGAAGUGAGAGGGACAUUGUAAGCCUCGCACGUGGGUCCUCCGAACAAAUUAAUUCUCCCUGUACCGUUAUGGAGACCCUCGAAUCGAGUCGCGUGUGCCGUCUCUGCGGCAAGCAAUCCGGUAUCUCGAUUAAUAUAUUCGACAAGAACGAAAACCACGUGAAGAAAAUCAACGCCAUUCUCCCGAUUAUGGUGCACGAGAUGGAUCUGUUGCCGAAACACAUGUGCUAUCGUUGCAGCUACAAGUUGGAGGAGUUUCACAAGUUCUACGUCGAUUGUUUAAAAACGGACGCUGGUUUGAAGAGUCAGCUGUCCUGGAUGCGGAAAGGGAAUCCCAAGGAGAGGGUCGGUAUACCGAUGGUGCAUAUAGAGAACAUCAAGCUCGAGCCGCCGGAUUACGGCGCGUACGACGCGACCCCUAUGGUCGAUAACGCGAACUACAUGAACUCGAUGAGCUCGGUAACUUUCCAGCCGAACGAUAUCCCGUACGCCGCUUACACGCAAUGCAGACGCUGCUGUGAUAAAAUGGACCAAAGUAAUCAGACCGUGGCAACGAAUUACGAGAGCACGGUGCCGAGGUGCAACAGGCUGAACGACGUUGGAACCGAAACCGAUGGCAGCGCCAACGAGUCACGGGCUGUAAAAGAAAAUGCCUUAGUCGGUAAAACGUUUCAGGAACGCUCGAACCCCGCAACGCGUGUCGACGAAAAUGUAAAGAAUUCGAGAUGGUGUAGGCCAACAUCUUCCAGCUUCGAUCACGUGCACAAUACCAAAUGUAAAUCGAUCGCGAGGGAAGAAGUAAACGUUCGUAAUUUGAGGCCUAGAAACGGUCUCGUGGACUAUGUGGGAACUAGAAAGAAAAUGGCCCCGAAAUUGCAAAUUAAAACUGAAAACCCCGACGAUUUCGAGGGUCACGUACUUCGGCCCAGAAAGAAAAUGAUCGACUAUUGCGAUCGAACAACGCAGAGAAGGAACUCCGAGUACAAAAAGAAUCGAAUUUCACGAGGUGGUAAAUACAAUAGCAAGGGCAGAGUUCAGAACAUCGUGAAUAAUUUUAAAGUGUCGUCGAAGAAAAAGGUUAGGUUCGCGGUGAAGCAGGAACAGCACUCCGAUCUCGAGGACAUGGUUUUCGACAAAUUGUCCGUAACGCUGCCAAAGAAUUACAAAACGAGGAGCAUCGGUAAUCUAGCUGAUAACAUCGACGCAUUGCCCAACGAUCUUCUCUUUAACGUACAAAGCGACAGAAAUUGUUUGUUGACCUGCGAGGAACACGAUGUUGAUUUCAGUGUUGCCAACAAUCUAAAAUCCUUGAGUAACGCCGCGAAAAACAAUUUGAAGUCCGGAAAAAUUGACUUGGAUCGAAUUGCAACGAUAAGUUAUGCGCCGAAAUAUUUAAGAAGUAAAGACUUUUUUCUUAGAAACGGAAAAGUGAAGAAAGUCAGAACCACGAAUCUGUCGACCAAGAAGUUACGAAGAGACCUGCGCAGUAUAACUGGCGCAGCUAAAACGAACAGCAGAACCCUCAUGGAAACAAUCGGAGGUAUCGUUAAUACGAAGAAGAUCUCUGCAUCGAUAAAGUUGAUCGAUAACAAUCUAAAGCACUUUUGCGAGGAAUGUAAUUUAAGCUUCAUCAACAGAGAGUUAUUUAAACUACACACGUGUUAUCAUUGAUCGCAACUGCUUUAUAAAAUAAUGUGAUCGAAUAGAGAUUUAUUUUUGCUCGAUACGUAAUAUUUUCAGAAGAUGAUUUGUAUUAAACGUACAGGGGGUCUGAAAAGUUUUGGAUUACUGCGAAACAUAUUAGGACGGGCAUGCAGGAAGUCGUGCAAUAGCAUGAACCAGCGAUGAAUAUGUACCUAAGUAAUGUAUUUUAUACGAUAGAAUUUAUCAUUGAUGUAACAUCUUAUUAUUUUUAUGAACGAAGAUAUAUAUAUAUUUACAAAUGAUUGUCAGACGUUGACAUAAAAUGGU